GAAGGCAGAGGCCGGGAGGCGGCGGCGGCGGCUCCGGGCAGCACGGGAGAGUCAGAGCUUGGGGCGGCUGGGAUGGAGCCUUUAGCAGAACGUUCGGACUUCUACAUCGGACUGAGCUUGGCUCUCAGCUCCAGCCUGUUCAUUGGAGGAAGUUUUAUCAUAAAGAAGAAAGGGCUUCUCAGGUUGCAUGGCAGAGGCUCCGUCAGAGCAGGUCUAGGGGGACAUGCGUACCUGAGGGAAUGGUUGUGGUGGGGAGGACUUCUAUCCAUGGGAAUUGGAGAAGCUGCGAACUUUGCUGCCUAUGCUUUUGCUCCAGCAACACUGGUCACUCCUCUAGGAGCACUAAGUGUUUUAGUCAGUGCAGUUUUAGCCUCCUACUUCCUGAAUGAACAUCUAAACAUCCACGGGAAGAUUGGUUGUAUCCUGAGCAUUUUAGGCUCCACUGUGAUGGUGAUCCAUGCCCCUCAGGAGGAAGAGGUCUCCAGCCUGGAGUCAAUGGCAGAGAAACUGAAAGAUCCAGGCUUCAUUAUAUUUGCUUUGUGUGUAUUGGUGAGUUCAGUUCUUCUCAUCUUCUUGGCCGGACCUCGCUAUGGGCAGAGCAACGUCUUGGUGUACGUUCUGAUCUGUUCCGCCAUUGGUUCGCUCUCUGUCGCUUGCGUCAAAGGCUUGGGCAUCGCCGCGAAGGAGCUGUUUGCCGGGAAGCCAGUCUGGAAGGAACCACUGGGCUGGGUGCUCUCCCUUGGCCUCGUGAUCUGCGUCAGUGUCCAGAUCAACUACCUGAACAAGGCCUUGGAUAUCUUCAACACCUCUGUGGUCACGCCCAUCUAUUAUGUCCUCUUCACCACAGCAGUCAUGGCCUGCUCUGCCAUCCUGUUCAAGGAAUGGCAGCAUCUGGUCCUGAUGAACAUCAUUGGUACCAUCAGCGGCUUCCUCACCAUCGUCCUGGGCAUCUUCCUCCUGCACGCUUUCAGAGACGUCCCUUUCACUGCAGACCUCCUGCCCCUCUUCCUGAGGCACGACCGAACUAGCGCGCGCACAGCUUCUUGGAGAACGGGGGCCCAGCAUAAGUCCUGUCUCCACCAGCCCCUUCUAGACCCAGAGGACAUCUGCAAAGUGGGGACAGAGAAAGCAGAGGAGCAGGACACCCAAAGCUUAUGAAAGCGAACCCAUCAUUAGACAUUGCCUAGUGGCUAAAACGCAAACCACAACCGAAACAGACACCAAUAGGUAACACGGGCAGCCUUUGAGACCAUUUUCCUCACGUCUGAACUCUUUCUCUGGUAACGUGCUUGAACCAAAUAAGAGGCCCGUAUUUGGCCUAGUUAGAGCUCAGCAAGUGGCAGUUCCAGGGCUGAAUCUGACCUCUCCCUCUUUUCCAGGCAUCCAGAAAUGAUCUGGAGGAGGAUGGGACAGGUCAGAAUCAGGAUGGGGUUUGGAUGUAUUUAUUGAACAGGCCCUGCCAUGUAGAAACGGCAUGGCGUUUCAGAAGCAAUUGGUGACACAGCGUUGGUUGGGGGAGCUUAUUGUUCAAAGUGGGGGUGGGGGGAAAUGGAGUGCACAAGUAACGGUACCUCUGAGGAUCUUCCCAGCCAGAGGCAAGAAUGCACAAGCAAGAGAAAAGGGGUUCCUCUUCCUCUCACUUUUGUUCCUGAAGUGGAGAAAAAUCUGUGUGCGCAGGAGGACUUACAUGUGGACAGACAGAAGCAUAUUUUUCUUGCUGUAGGUCAUUCUAAGGAACACAGAUGACAGGAAGACAUAGGAGACCGUGGAGCAGCUUGAAGGAAUGGCAGGCUUGGCCCUACCACCUAGAGCGACCACCCACUGAUAGAACUAGGUGAUAAGCAGAGAAUUUAGCUCAGAGGAAUGAGGUCAGCACUUCUGCACAAGUAUGCUCAAAGUUGUCAGAAUGCGCAGAUGUUCCGUUGAAAUCAAUAGGACUUGCUUUCGCCUAACCGUUUAGGCUCAAGAUGUAAGUCUCCCCCUACGAGAGCAGAGCUGCUACUCUUGUGUCCAUGUCUGAUCCUGGCAAUAAUAGUGUCCUACUGCUUCCCAAAUGUAUGGACAGUCCAUUUUAGGUGGCCUUAAGGGUAACAUUUUUAUAAAGUAUUAAGGUUUACAAGUUAUUUAAAAUAAAUGUUUUCGUUAUGAGACGAUGUAGUACCUACAUCCAUAACAGUGUUGCAGACGUAAUACAUGACUUAAAAAGAACUCCAAA